AUGACCACAUCAUCUCCGUCCCCUUCCUCCUCCUCAUCGAUUGUUAUAGUAAUCAUUAUAGUCGCCUCUGCCAUCAUUGUCUCGGCCCCGAUUUACCUUCUUCUUCGUUUAAUUUCAAAGCGCUUCCACCGCUCAUUCCACACCUUUGCCGCUGCAGACGAUGUUGUUCUACGCCAUCACUCAAAUCCGAACUUGAAUCAAUGCCAUGUGGUGUCGAGCAAUCUGCUCGAUUCUCUUCCUCUCUUCACGUUCGGCUCCAUCACUGGAAACCUUACCGGCGAUGAUUCUGCGGUGUGUUUGUCGAAGUUUGAGCCGCAUGAUCAGCUCCGUUUGUUGCCGUUAUGCUGUCACGCGUUCCACGCCGGGUGCAUUGAUACGUGGCUCGUGUCUAAUCAAACUUGUCCUCUUUGCCGAUCGUCCGUGCUACCUUCCGACUCGGAAGUACUGGAUAAAAUCCUAUUGGUUGAGACUGGCGUUGGUAAUAAUACUGACAGGAACUUUUAA